GCUAUAAGAGACAAAGUCGCUCAAACUCAACAUUCAACAGGUUCUCGAACAGAUAAACUCGAUGUAUUUACCAGUUCACAGAUUAUGCUGCUUGUCUGGGAGGAAAACAAAGCUCAGAGACCAAAGAUGAAGUCAGAGAAGGAGGCUCCUUCGAAAGCAAAAAUAAUUUCCAAAAUCGUACUGCUUGCGUCUAUUGGUCUCUUCAAUUCAGGUGAGGUGUUGGCAGUGAACAUGACGAUCCCCAACUCUCUGAUCAGAGGUUCAGUAGGAGGAGAGGCUGUCCUCUCCGUCUGCUACAGUAGUUUCAGCCUUGACCUGCCAGUAAUCAAGUGGCAGCUCAAGAGGGAAAAGUCUAUCACUGUUGUCCAGUCAAUCGGAACCGACAUCAUCGGAACCCUCAGACCUGAAUAUCGCGACCGUAUCCUUGUAUUUGAGAAUGGGACUCUGCUUCUCCACAACCUCAGACUCUCUGAUGAUGGGAAAUAUGACGUGGAGAUCUCUAUCACAGAUGAUACUUUCACAGGAGAAGGUAGCAUCACACUCUCUGUGGAUGAACCUAUAUCAAGGCCCUACAUCCACAUGGAGUCUUCAUCAGUCCUGGAGCUCAGUGAAAAUGUCGUCCUCAACUGCUCCCAUGACAACGGAACCAGGACUACGUACAGGUGGUUCAAAGGCGGAAAGCCACAGACCAAUGAGACAAGAUUCAUCUUGUCACCUGACCAGAAGCUCUUGACCAUAACAAGGGUAUUGAUGGUGGAUGACGACAUCUAUAGCUGCACAGUGGAAAAUCCUGUGGGGAAUGGAACUAGCCUACCGAUCAGACUGACUGUCUACAGAAGAAGUUCCCUUUAUAUCAUUCUCUCCACUGGAGGCAUCUUCCUGCUCAUCACCUUGGUAACAGUAUGUGCCUGCUGGACGCCUUCCAAAAAGCCAAGACACCCACCUACAAAGCCUCUCAGCUUGUAUGACCUCUCUCAUCGCCCAACAAUCAAAAAGAGAGAUGAUGUGCUUCCAAAAUCGACACAGCAUAAUGGAAAUGGAAUUCAUGCAGUAACGUCACUUUACAUCCUGCAGCAAAAGGAUCCCUCGAUGGAUGACUCAUCCAGCAACAGUAUUGGCUCUCCUGAACAUGACGACCCACCACGUUACAUCAGUUACCCCAAGCACACCAGUUCACCUAACCACUAGCCUGGCUCCCCCGCCCGCUCCUCCCCUCUUCAGGUCAUAGCAACUCAGAGGUCAGACUGUCUAUCAGAUACUUCCACCUAUGGCGAAGAUCUCAAAACCAUCAACAAGGGUUUUACAAUAUCAUUCCUGCCUGAUGAUAUGAAUUUAUGUUGUAACUUAAGUAGCAGUUGCUGGAUUAGAAGCACAGCCCAUAUAGGGGAAUGUGGUGUGAAAUGACUCAAGGUUUUAAAUAGCAUCAAAGUCUGUUUUUUGGUUUACCACAUUAUACCAUAAUUUACCAGAUCUACAAAAUCCAAACUUUGGCAAACAGCAUGAAGUCUUCAUGGAGCUAACAUUGGGUUUGUUGUUUGUAAAGAUCAAAUUUAUAUGAAAACACCUUGAGAAAUACUAUUCUGUUAUAGUGUCGAGUGUGAUAUUCUGUGUUCAGUGAAGUUAAGCAGUAGCCUUGUAAUAUUGUGUGAUCACUGUUUGGUUUUACUAGAUGACUUAAUACCAUUGUGAGGAAAGACAAAAGCACAUUAAAGCAAGUGAGGUGGUAUUCAA